AUAUCGAUGAUUGUGAUCCUGAUCCUUGCAAGAACGGUGCAACUUGUACUGAUGAAGUAAAUGGCUAUACUUGUAUCUGUAUGGCUGGCUACUAUGGCAAGAACUGUUCUCAAAAUAUCAACUACUGUGAUCCCGAGCCUUGCAAAAACGGUGCAACUUGUACCGUCGAAGUAAAUGACUACAGUUGCACUUGUAUGCCUGACUACGAUGGCAAGAACUGUUCCCAAAAAAUCGAUGACUGUUAUCCUGAUCCUUGCGAAAACGGUGCCACCUGUACUGAUGAUGUACAUGACUUUACCUGUACCUGUAUGGCUGGCUACGAUGGCAAGAACUGUUCUCAAAAUAUCGAUGACUGUCACCCUCAUCUUUGUGAAAACGGUGCAACUUGUAUCGAUGAAGUAAAUGACUAUACUUGCAUCUGUAUGGCUGGAUACGGUGGCAAGAACUGUACUGAAAAUAUCGAUGAUUGUAAUCCUAAUCCUUGCGAAAACGGUGCUACAUGUACUGAUGAAGUAAAUGACUAUACUUGU